AUGGCCACAGGACCCGUGGAGGAGCGCAAUCAGGAUGCUACUAUAUACGUGGGUGGGCUGGAUGAGAAAACAAAGGAAGCAAUACUCUGGGAGCUUUUUCUGCAGGCGGGGCCUGUUGUAAACGUUCACAUGCCUAAGGAUCGGAUAACAGGACAGCAUCAAGGAUAUGGUUUCGUCGAAUUCUUAUCCGAAGAAGAUGCAGACUACGCGAUGAGAAUAAUGAACAUGAUUAAACUUUACAACAAACCCAUUCGCGUAAACAAAGCCAGUGCCCAUCAGAAGAAUCUGGAUAUCGGUGCCAACAUUUUCAUUGGCAAUCUGGACCCCGAGGUGGAUGAAAAAUUGCUCUACGACACUUUCAGCGCCUUUGGUGUCAUCCUUCAAACCCCGAAAAUCAUGCGCGACCCUGAAACUGGCAAUUCAAAAGGUUAUGCCUUUAUAAACUAUGCCAGCUUUGAAGCCAGUGACGCUGCGAUUGAGGCUAUGAAUGGGCAGUAUCUGUGCAACCGAGCCAUUACAAUCUCCUACGCUUUUAAAAAGGAUAGCAAAGGGGAGCGUCAUGGAUCGGCAGCUGAACGUCUUCUCGCUGCUCAGAGUCCGCUCUCCCAAGCUGAUCGCCCACACCAGCACUUUGCGGAUGCCCCCAUCCCUCCACCCCCACCACCUCCAACUCUUCUGGCCGCGGCUACCGCGGGUAUUCCGGGUGCAGUGCAACAUCCGGCGGCGUUCUCGACACUCACCGCAGCCGGUGCCGCCUCUAUGCUGAUGCCUCCGCCACCGCCACCUCCCCCGACAAUAUCGCUGGCUCCCCCGCCACCUCCGCCGCCCCCGAUGUUGGGAGCCGCUGGAACGGGACUGAUGCCUCCACCGCCACCACCACCUCCGCCAACUCUCUUUGCCACUACGGACGCGGCGUUCCAUGCUCCACCUCCACCGCCUCCUCCACCGCAGUUGGCAGGUGGGGUCCAGCCGUGGGGCUUGGCGGGAGCUGGGAUCCCUCCUCCACCACCACCACCUCCACCCCUUAUGUAG